GUAGUGUAGAUCUACCAUCAUUCUAGUAUUGACUCAAAUGACCUUCUGGGUUGAUCCAGGGAAACACCGAGGUCAGUUCUCUUUUCUGAGUGAGUUCAAAGAGGCCGAGCGAUACCUAGUUGUGCUUGUGACGGGCUGGGAGACGACAGGACAACAUGCUUUGGGCAAAACUAGUUGCCGCAACGCUGUUGCUGACCUGUGUGUGCGGGGCAGCAGCUUCGUGGAAGGAGGAAGGAGCCUUCGAUGUGGGACUGAAUAGCAAGGCUAGUUCGAAGAAGAACGUUCUGUUCAUAGUGAUUGAUGAUCUUCGUCCCCAGCUGGGUUGCUACGGGCAGAAGUAUAUGCACACACCCAACAUUGACAAACUGGCCAGCGAGUCGUUGGUCUUCGACAGGGCGUACUGCCAGUUUGCCUUCUGCGCUCCAAGCAGAAACUCGUUCAUGACCGGACGGCGUCCGGACAGAGUGAAGGCUUGGAAUUUCCGUGAUCAUUUUCGCGAACCAGGAAUCGGAGAGAACUGGACUUCCCUACCGCAGUACUUCAAAAAGAAUGGUUAUCUGACUCUGGGUGUAGGCAAACUCUUUCAUCCUGGUCUACCUCCCAACUACGACCCACCAUCAUGGAGCGAGGAGAAUCUUCCCUACUUCAACCCGACGCCGAGUCGCUUCUGCCCUGGUGGUGACUCACGAUGUGAGCUGGAUCCUAAAACGACCAACUUCUCUGACAUCAUGGUGCUCGACACUGCAUUGGAGCGCAUGGAACUUGCCGCUAAGAACGCCUCGGAUCGUCCGUUCUUCUUAGGGGUUGGAAUUCACAAGCCCCAUCUACCCUGGAAAGUGCCUCCAGGAUUUCAAGAGCUCUAUCCUUUAGAGUCCAUUCAGCCACCAGUUGAUGGCUACUUCCCUCACAACGCACCAGAGCUGGCAUGGAAUGAUUGCUGGAAGCUCUGGAAUCAUCCGUUCUAUGACACCAACGUGACGAUGUACUCGCUGAACACGUCCAUGAGCCACGCAGACGUAGUGGGGUUACGGCGUGGCUACUAUGCCGCCGUGAGCUUCAUGGACUCCCUGGUCGGUACGGUGCUGGACCGGCUGGACAAGCUGGGUCUGAAGGACAAUACCGUUGUGUCCUUCCACGCCGACCAUGGGUGGCAGCUGGGAGAGCACAACAUGUGGUGUAAGAUGUCAAACUAUGAGCUGGGAACACGCGUGCCAAUGAUGAUCAGAGCGCCGUGGAUAGAAGGUUCUGCUGGCAAGAGAACAUCUGCACUGGCGGAGCUGGUCGAUCUCUAUCCAACACUGGCUGAACUGGCAGGUCUACCGGCACCAACAGAAAACAUCCAGGGCCAGUCGCUCUCCAAGCUGUUCACGGAUCAAACCACGCCGGUGAAGACAGCAGCGUUCUCUCAGUUUCCAAAGUGCGGCAAGAACUGGGCAUGGAUGAAUCCCUGUGGUGGCAGGUUGCGCACACAGUUUGACUACAUGGGCUACAGUAUCCGCACUGCUGACUACAGGUACACCGAGUGGGUGACCUGGAUUGGCAGUGAGCUCAAAGGAAACUGGUCAAACGUUGUGGCAAGAGAGCUCUAUGACCACAAGGCCGAUGACGGCACAGACCUAUCGGCCUUUGAGAAUACCAACAUUGCUGCAUCACAGCCCGCAGUUGUCCAGCAGCUGUCGGCCGCUGUUCGCCAGCAGUUCCAAAAUGAUACAUGAGCUGAUCCCUCUCCCACUGUCUCUGUGCUCCAUUGGCUGGCAUGCAACUGUUGCUUUCUUGCACUGCAGCUUUUGCCCUUGCGUACAUGCCAUCAGAAACUUACCUCGGAGUGCAUGCUAUACGUUUGUGACAGAUCAUUUUGAUUAGAUACUCUCUUGUCUUCCCGAAUGACAUACUGCUGCGCUUGUGUGAGCUGGAAUAUUUAUUUUUUAAAAGUUAUCCUAUUUGUACAGUACGUCAUUGGGGUGUGUGCAAGGAUUGAGCCGCAGUAUACCCGGGUAAAUAAACCAAACAAUAAUCAAAUACUGUAUUGCCAUGGCUCGAUUGUAUAAUUAUCCAACGUGGAGCACAACCUCA